CAUUCUUCCAUCUUUCCUUCCUUCACUUUAAUUUUUUUACAAACAACCGAACAAACAACCCAAAACAAGAAGUCAGUUUUAUCAUCAUCAUCAUCUCCAUUUUGUUCUCUGUGGCGAAUGAACCCGCGACACAGCCGGAGCAGCGGCGAAAUUGAUCUCGUUGGAGCAGCCGCGCCGAGGUCCUCCUCACCGAGCACCAGCACCAGCGGCACCAACCCACUCGCCCUCGCUGCGUCUGCUGGUAGUACUGCUGGUAGUGCUGGUAGUACUGCUGGUAGUACUGCUGGUAGUGCGCGUGGGACGGCGAGCGCAGGGACACCGACCCAGGCAACGAGCUCCUCGUCCUCUAGCAACGGCUCAACCACUACCACUGCCACUCCGACUCCGACGCACCCCGGACGCGUCUCGUCGCCAGCCGUGCUCCUGACGUCCGCUUUGCCAUCCGCCAUCGGAGGCGGGGCUGCUGCAGCGUCGGUGACGACGGCCGCUGCGCUCGACCACGCUCAAAACCACCAGAAUGACUCAGCCGCAACCACAGACAUGGCUGCUGCUGGUGGCUCUGCUGCUGCUGCUGCUGGGACUGCUGCUGGCGGAGGGUUUGUACGCACGUCGGGCAUCACGGGACCGCGGCGAAACAGCAACAACCGGUCCUCACUGCGCGUCCACUCGCAGCUCUAUGAGAAGGACCCGCUCGCCGCACUGCAGCAGCAGCAGCAGAGCAGCAUGCGCAGCUCACACUCGUCGUCAAGCGUCAAUGUUCGGGAAAAGAGCGAGCGGCGCAUCUCCAUGAUGGACACGGUCUCAAUCAUCAACGAUGGCGGCAACAGCAGCAGCCAGAGCAAAGACUCCUCCUCGUCGGGCCUGUCCUCACCCGUGUCGCGGUCGCGAACCAGCAGCACCUCGUCGUCCAACCCGGCGCUCAACCGCUCGGGAUCGGCGAACAACGUGGCGCAGCAGCAGCUGCGGUCGUCAGGCAACUCCAGCCAGCGCAAUUCCAUGCUCUUCUCGUCCGAAGACGAACUCGACGGUUCGAAAUCAGCCAGCGCAGCGGGACAGUUCUUUUUGAUGCGAACACACUCGUCUCAAGGCCUGAUCACACCGGGUGAUCCGUCAUCCAGUCGCUCUGGUGGUGGUGGUGGUGGCGCACCUGCCAGCGGAGCCCCUCCACCGAGCCGGUUGUUGAACCGGUUCUUGUCCCAGAACAACCUCGCAGCGCGGCACUUACCUGGCGACGACGAGCUCAACACCACCAUGUCGGACGAUACAACUGAUUAUUCCGACGACGACGACGACGACGACGACGACGAUGACGACGACGACAAUGAGGACGACGACGACGACGACGACGAUGAAGAGGACGACGACGAUGACGACGACGACGAUGACGACGACGACGACGAGCGCACCAGUGAUUCCGCUGGCUCAGACUACGAGGGUGAGCAAGCCACUCCGUCCAGUGCCAAGUUUUUCUACUUUGACACUGAGAUUAACGACACGGAAGAGUCGCUCACCGACCCUGUCGACGUGCCAGUCACGAGCAACGAGCCAAACCGAUUGGCUGUCGAGUCGCCCGAAAGCAGUCUCAAGAACAAGCCUCGGAAUCGCAGCUUUGGCGAAACAACCUCGGUCGCAGAUGCAAUCAAACGCAUGUCCGGCACGGAAGACAGCCACUCGGAUGGCGGCUACGGUAGCGACACCUCGCUCAGCUCGCUGCCAGCCACACUGGUGACCAACUGCGCCAAUUUUGUCAACGAAGUCGCGCCAGGCAAGCCUCGGUCUCUUUCCUCUAGCGGCUCAACAAAGAGCAUGCGCCGCGCGCUCUCAUUGAAGGUGGGCAGCGCUUCCUCCCUGAGCUCUACGCCGUCAUUCUCAGAAGCCACCUUGUUGUCAUUCGAGUUGGCCGAUCCCACUGGCAAUUACUUCCGCAAGCACUUUUAUGGCAAAGAGCAUGAGACGUACGCCGGCACCGAUCCCACCCUCGGCCCUGUCGUCCUGUCUGUACUUCAAGAGUCGGUCGACAAGGUUGCCGCCAAGCAGAAUUUCCGCAUCGUUGUUCGUAGUGCAGAGCAACCCGACAUCCGAACAACUUGUGCGGUUCCUCUUUCAUCAGCAACAAGCCUAACACGCAAGGCUGUGUCCAAGUAUGUGAUUUCAACAAUGGCGCCCUCAAUCGACUUUUCCAAACUGCGGGCCAUUUCUGGGGCCAAAUUGCACGAUCGGCUGCUUCAAUUAGACGAGCAAUUGUUUGUGCGGCAGUACAAGUUUGGCAUUUUGUAUUGCAAGGCGGGCCAGAGCACCGAGGAUGAGAUGUACAAUAACGAAACCGCCGGUCCGGCUUUCACUGAAUUCCUUGAUACAAUCGGCACCACUGUUCCACUCCUCAACCACGCCAAGUUCCGUGGCGGUUUGGAUGUGAAAUCGUCCACAACUGGCGAUACUUCGGUCUUUGCCGAGUUUGAGGAUUGUGAAAUCAUGUUUCAUGUUUCCACAAUGCUGCCAUUCACACCCAAGGACACGCAGCAGCUUCAACGCAAGCGACACAUCGGCAAUGACAUUGUCACAAUCAUCUUCCUCGAGCCCGGUGCCAAGCCGUUUAGCCCGAAGGUUAUUCGAUCCCAUUUCCAGCACGUCUUUAUCGUCGUUCAGCCAAUCAACCCGAACUCUGCCACAACAGAAUACACAGUUGCAACGGUGCGAUUCGAGGACGUGCCCAAGUUUGGGCCUCCUCCGCCUUCGUCUGGCACCUUCCCGAAAGGCCUGCGGUUCCGCGAGUUCCUUUUGACAAAGCUUAUCAAUGCCGAAAACGCAGCCUAUCGAUCAUCCAAGUUCUCGGCCAUGAACAAGCGAACCAAAGUCUCGCUGCUCACCGACAUUGUCAAGACGUACACCUUGGACGCCGGCGCGCCAGUGUCGCCCACAGUCCCUGGCAAGGACGACGGCCAACUCUUCCGCAGCAAGUCUGCUCGGUUUGCACGGUCUGUGUUGCGCAUCGCCAAGAGCGGGCCGGCCGAGCCUGGCGUUCCACCUCCCACUCCUGGCGUGCGCCAACGCACUGACUGGCUGGUCAAGGUCAAGGAUCCGAAGAAUGAGGCCAGCCUGAGUGCCACCUUCACCAUCACGCCAGAGACCAUGACCUUGCGGCACGCUGUGUCUAAUGAUAUUCUGGUGGCCUGGCCAACGGCUUCGACUUCAGGCUGGGUUCUUAUUCCUCUUGGCAUCAAAGUGUCGUAUGGCAAAGGAGCAACGCAGAUUCUGCAAACCACCGAUGCAGCCUCCAUCCAAAACCAGCUCGAGCAAUGCCUGGGCAAAGCCAUGGCCGCCGCCAAAGACAAUCCCGACAGCAUCCUCACUGCGUGGUACUCGAAAAAGAAGAAGGGAGACAAGAAAAAGGACCGCGCAAGCAAGUCCGACAAGGAGAAAAAGCCCAAGAAGGCCAAGGGCGAAGGCGACAAGAAAUCCAAGGAAGAAAAAGCGGCUGCCAAGGCGCUCAAGAAGCAGCAAAAGCUCGAGCUCAAGGAGCGCCAAGCCCAAGAAAAGUUUGAAAAGGAAGUGUCCAAGCGUAUGCUCAAGGGCAUGUCUGGCACACCACUCGGCAAGAGCAAGCAGUACGGCUCCGAGCCCGCCCUUGAUGACGGACCGUUGUCGCCUUCAGCGCUGCUCCAAGACGAGCCGUUGACCCCGUCUGGCCAGUCCACCUUUUCUUUCGCCCGUCCGUUGUCUCGAGAGUACACGAGCAAGUCGCUCAAGUCGCUUCUCAAGGUCGGGCGACCAGACAAGGAGCUGGACGCUCCCAAUAGUCCAUCCAGCUCGCUGUCGGCCAAUAGCUCGGGCUCCAGCCCUGGCGUUGCUGCAACUUCUCCUUCCAACCCGUUUGCCAAAAUGGGGUCCCGCAUUGCGGCUCGUCGCUCAUCGCGCCCAACCUCAAGCGGAUCCAUGUCAUCGUCGGGCGUGACUGGCAGCUUGGACGACCUGUCGUCCUUGUCACCGGCGCAUGUUGCCGCGACCGUCAACCGCAACCAGUCCUUCCUGACCGCCACGACCCACCAGGCCCACACCCUGUCGCUUCCUCCCGUUACUUCCUCCGCCUCGAGCAGCCAGCGCAGCUCGUUUGUCAGCCCGCCCAGCCCGAAGAGCACGGAUUCUCCUUCGCGCACGCCGGUCGGCUCCACUGGCGGUGCCGAGGAAGUCGUCGCCCUACGUGUCAAAACGACGUGGCUCAACGAACGCCUCGAGAAGGCCACCGUCGAGAAUGCAUGGCUGGUGGCCGAGAAGGAGUUUCUUCAGCAAACCAUCAAGCAACACGAGGAGGCGCGCAGCGAGCUCGAGCGCCAGCUCGACUUGGCCAAGCGUCUGCUUGCAUCCUAUGGCGUGACCCUUCCAGCAAGCGCUGCAGGAAGCACGGCCACACCAACCGUGCACCCGUCCAUCUCGGUCUCAAGCGGUUCGCUCAACAGCAGCGGCAGCGCUUCCACUGGCCCAGGCCUCGACAGCGGUCUUGGCUCGAGCUCGUUUGGCAGCACGUCCAGCAUUCCUGCGUCGUUCGCUCCUGGCUCCAGUGCCAGUGCCAGUGCCAGUGCCAGUGCCAGUGCCAGUGGUGUCACCACCGCUGCUUCCCUGAUUGCGCGCACUGCCGCGUCGAACGGCGGGUCUGGACCCAACAGCGCGCGGCCCGAGUAUGACACAGUUCAGGCCAAGUUUGAUGCCAUGUACGACGAGUUCAAAAAGAUUCACACGCGCAAGUGAGCAAAUUGGCCGCAAGUUGUCGAUGCUGCCAUCAAUUCUCUUCCUUAUUUUAAACCCCUACCCUGUCUAGUUUGUGCCG